CUACAAUGAACGGAAUUAAGGCUCUCCCUGGCUCUGCAGUUGUAAGAUCACCGCAUCUGGGUAGGAGCACGAGCCCAUCAUCCUGCAGACCAACUCGCAAGUUCAGGCCGCUAUACAAGGUCCAGGGGUCUACAAGUGAAGAGAGACGUUCUCUCAAAUCUUGCAGCCUUCUGGGAGGCGAUGGGGGUGGAGGCAGUGGUGGAAGCAAUUUUCGGUACAGUGUUUCAGAGGACGACGAUGGUGGGGCGAGGUUCUACAAGGCAUUCAACCUCAUGGUUCUCUUCGCCUUCGUCUCUGGCCUCAGCCCCUCGGCAGCACACGCCCUUUCGCUGAGAAAGAAGAAGAAGAAGCCCAUCAAUCGGUCCAUUGACCAGUAUUCUGAACGUCUGGUUACGCUGGCCUGGCCUAUUGCCCAAAAUCUGGGCUUCAGCGGCGCAAUAGGCUUCGCAACUGCAUUUGCGCUCAAGGCAGUUGGAUCUGCUCUUGCCAUUGCCUUCGGAGCACUUUUCGUCCUCAUCCAGGGUGCUGCGUACCUUGGCUACAUAGAGGUGAAAUGGACCGAAGUGCACAAGGAGGUAAUCCGCAGGCUGGAUGUCAACCAGGAUGGGAAAUUUGACGCCAGCGACUUCAAAUCUUUGGUGGCAUCUGGGCUGGCGGUUCUGUCAGAGGGUGUCCCUUCUGUGGGAGGCUUCCUGGCAGGCUUUGCACUUGGGCUGAGAUGAGCUUGUCAAUCCUGCAAGCUUUUGCAUCUGGAAGAUUGUGCUGAAACCGCCAUUGUGGUAGAUGGCACAAAAACUCCACGGUGCUCAAAAAGCUCCCGCAGGAAAUGGAUGCCCCUGAAUAGAUACCAGGGACUGCAAACAGAGUCAUGAUUGGCUUGGAGACUGCAGGGUGAUCUCGGUGCUUGUACACCUUUUGUUGUUUGCUUGCUGUCCUUUAUAAUGCAUACAUGCCCACCUAAGUGGGGCUGACCAUAUUUGCUAAGGUACUGUCCCGACCACAGUGAAUGUCAUUCCCGCUGGUUUUUACAUAUGAAGGGUCCAUCUUAUUAAGCGGCAUGCAGUAUUUUAGGUUUGCAAAUCCAUUUAAAGCAUGCGCUCGCAGCCCACUUGCAGCUCGCUCAAGAUGUAGCGUUAGUAUAUACAACUAUGUACACUGUUGCAGCCCAACCAAUGCCGAGCGUUGCAAACAUUUAUUGAUCUUGUGCUCUACAGCAGUGCUGAGCAGCAAUGUGUCUAGUGUCUAUGUACAAGGGUGCCAGUCUAUGUCGCUGUCUAUGUACAAAACUUCUGUGCGAUCAUGACUAGCUAUCCAGAAAUAAAAUUGCCGGCCUACCCAUUGUGCAGAAGCAUGCCUGUAAGCCAUUCGUUAGAGAUCCAAGGAGAGCACAUAUGCAUGCUUCCAUGCAUCCUGCAGUCUCCCGGUUCACAGUGACGGAUCAAAAUUCUACUUCAUGUGGCAGUUCCAAAAUCAAAUCCCCAGAACAAUCGUGCGGUGUAAGCAGAGUCCGACUUAGAAGCCCUUGACAUUAACCAAGGGGCGCAGCCUUGUGACGACCUCCACGAGGUCUGACUGAUUCUUCAUCACCUCAUU